AUGGCUUUCCCUCCAUCCCGGCUGCUGCAGCCCAUGGAGCAGGAGGAGCCCCCUACUAGUGAUACAGUAAUUGAGGGUGGCAUCUUCCACUCCACCUCAGAAACUAGUGAAGAUUUCCACAUUUAUACCCAGUAUUGCACUAACUAUCCGAGGUCUGUGGCUGUGCUAACAGAGUGCAUGAGGAACAAGAUGCUGGCCAAGUUCUUCAGGGAACGUCAGGAAACUCUGAAACACUCACUGCCUCUGGGGUCCUAUCUCUUGAAACCAGUUCAGCGGAUUCUCAAAUAUCAUCUCCUUUUACAUGAAAUAGAAAACCACCUUGACAAGGACACAGAAGGCUAUGACGUGGUGCUCGAUGCCAUAGACACGAUGCAGCGUGUAGCCUGGCACAUCAACGACAUGAAGCGGAAACAUGAGCACGCAGUCCGCCUACAGGAGAUACAGAGUUUGCUCACGAACUGGAAGGGGCCAGACCUGACCAGCUACGGGGAACUGGUGCUCGAAGGAACCUUCCGCAUCCAGCGGGCCAAGAAUGAGCGGACGCUCUUCCUCUUUGACAAGCUGCUUCUCAUCACGAAGAAGAGAGACGACACGUUUACAUACAAAGCACACAUCCUGUGUGGCAACCUCAUGCUCGUGGAAAUGAUCCCAAAGGAGCCGCUCAGCUUUAGUGUCUUCCACUAUAAGAAUCCCAAGCUGCAGCACACAGUUCAGGCCAAAUCCCAGCAAGACAAACGCCUCUGGGUUCUGCACCUCAAGAGACUGAUCCUGGAGAAUCAUGCAGCGAAGAUUCCAGCUAAGGCCAAGCAAGCAAUACUUGAAAUGGAUGCCAUUCAACACCAUCCAGGCUUCUGCUACAGUCCUGAGGGGGAGACCAAAGCAUUCUGUGGUUCUAAAGAAGGUUCUGCUCCAUAUCGGCUGAGAAGAAAAUCUGGUUCUGGGGGUGAGGAUGUGGAUGUUUCUGCAUAUGUCAGGAAGGAGGAAGCGGCAGCCCCCUGCAGCUGCCAGAGGGCUCAGGGCAGCCCCCUGGGCCUGCAGCCCUGCUGUGCGGAGGGGGGCUGUGGCUACAGAUCAGAACAGCCUGGCAAAAUUGGUGAAAAUGCAGAGUCUCUGUUCCGCAGUGACCCCGCCUUCUGUAGGUGUGGGCAUGGAGCCUGGGAACGGGUGCGGGAGACCACGUGGAACCUGGUGCACAGCCGUGUCUCCGUCUCUGUGCGAGUCACACCGCAGCCCAACACACCUGCCCCAUGUGGGGUGCCUCCUCGGGGGCUGGCUCAGGGCAUCCAGCAGGCUGUUCACCUGUGUGUCAUGGCUCUGCUGACUGCUGGGGAUGGGAUCCUGGCCACGUCGCUGGAGAGAGAAAAACCUCAGGGCCUCAUCUCCCUCCUGGAGACUGUUUUCUUUACCCACCAGCCUACAUGGGAUGAUUGUCAGCAGCUCCUGCAGACUCUCUUCACGUCAGAAGAACGCAAGUGGAUCCAGAGGGAGGCCCUGAAAACUGUCACUGGUUAUGAUAGCUGA